UAUAAUUCUAGGUGAUCUAGAAUAUAGAGGGGGCCAUAAAAUAGGGGGGAAAAGUUUACAUAAAAAAGGCCUACCAUAUUUAGAGUUUUUUAAUCACAUCAAAAUUAUUAUUCCUAAAUAAAAUUAGGAGUGGGAUUAUAGUUCUCACACUCUUCACUUCAUCAUAUAUACCAACCCCACUCCUAUAAAUUUGCUAACUCUUCUAACACCCCUCUCAAAGUCUCAAUUAUCCACAACUCAUUUGUCCCUCUCUUUCUCUCUUUAAAACAUUUUAAUUACAAUCAAAUUAUUUUCAAAUGGCUAACUAUUUCACAGGAAACUCCAAUAUUUUGUCAUCGAACAAUUCAUUUACAUUUCUUGAUAAUGAUCUUAAUUGGGACUUAACAAAUCCUUUCAUGGCAAUCAACCAUUGUUUGGUACAAAAUUCAAACUUGGAUUAUCAAAAUUUGAUGGGUUUUUCCAAUGAUCAAAUUACUCUCACUGAACAAACAUCUGAACUUCAAGUGAAAAUGUUUGGAAACACUCAAGUUUCAGAGCAAGCUCAAGCCGAUUCAGCCGUGUUAUCAGGAAAUGGAAAUGAAUGCAGUGGAAGUGGAAUAACCAACAAAAGAAAAGCAGAGGAUUUGGCAGAGAGUAGCAGUUCUUUACAUUCAUCAUCUCCUACUUCUAAAGAUCGAGCUCGAAAGAAAUAUAGCUCAGGCAGAGGAAAGAGAAGCAAGAACAAUGAUAAAGAUGAAGGAAACCCGAAAGAAGUUGUUCAUGUUCGAGCAAGACGUGGCCAAGCUACAGAUAGUCAUAGUAUUGCAGAAAGGGUACGAAGAGGAAAGAUUAAUGAGAGACUUAGAUGCUUACAAGACAUUGUUCCUGGUUGCUAUAAGACGAUGGGAAUGGCCGUGAUGUUAGAUGAAAUAAUCAAUUAUGUUCAGUCAUUGCAGAAUCAAGUUGAGUUUCUUUCAAUGAAGCUUACUGCUGCCAGUCAAUUUUAUGAUUUUAAUGCCGUAAACGAACCUGUGGAGAAAAAACAGAAGAUAAAGGGAUGCAACAGUGAAGAAGUAGAAGAUGUGCAAAGGAUAAUUAACAAGGGAGGAUAUGAUGAAGCACAAACAAAUUUGUAUCAAUCAACAUGGCCCUUUUGACUUGGAAUUUGGAUUGUUGCUCCAAAUUGCUUUGUAUUUGAUUACAUAUGAUUCAUCCCCUUGUUAUUGUCAUCUUUAGAACCCAACAAAUAUAGCAAAAGAACAAAGAAAAUUCAACAAAUUAUUUUUAGAAAUUGGAUAGAAUAGAUAAUUUUCAAUAUUUCAAUGUAAUUCAUUAAUUAUUUGA